GGCCUCCUGUCAAACUCACGGUGUCAAGACAGUUGUAAAUUGACUGGGUUAUGUGCUGUACAUUGAUUAAGCAUGUCAUUUUCACAGAUUUUCAGUAAAGGUUAUUCAUCUGCACAAUUUCUGUUCUAGUUGGUGGUUCUGUAAAGCUGUAGUUCCCUCUGGUGUUUUCAUUGAAGAUCUUGUUCAGCUGGGUUGUCUUAAGCAGCAUGGAGCCAGAACAGCAGCUACGAAAUCUGAGGGAUUUCCUACUGGUGUACAACAGGAUGACAGAGAUUUGCUUUAACAGGUGUGCCAGCAACCUCAAUUACCGCAGCCUCACCAUGGAGGAGGAACAUUGCCUUGAAAACUGUGCUGGAAAGCUAAUCCGUUCAAACCACAGACUAAUGAACUCCUAUGUCAGUUUAAUGCCUGCCAUUGUCCAGCGAAGAGUUGCAGACUUUGAAUCGAAGGCAGUGGAAAUGACACAGACCUCCAAUCCAGAAAUUUCUUCUAGUAUUGCUGUGGGACUGCAUCAGAGACUACUGACAAAUCAGAGGAAGUGAUAACUGCAACAGAACAGAUAACUUCUUUAAAAGACAGUAGAAAUCAGGACUCUUCACCAGCCACCAGCCACUAACCUCUUUGGUCAUGUAUUUUCAGGUGUACAGAAGGUUUCCUCUGCUCAGCAGUGGCAACUCCCUUUUCCCCAUUUCACAACAUAACAUUCUCUUUGAGCUUCUCUUUUGGAGUUUAUAGAGUAGUAAACUCCUUAGUUUGAUUUUUCCAUCAGCUGUGCUGUUUUUAUGAUACAUUGCUCACAGACUGUAUCACAAGUUUAUGUGAGAAGUAUAGGUGCUAUGUAGUCUUAUAUUUUGCUUUGACUUUCACUUGAUACAUCUUAGCACACAUUAUAAUUGUGGGGUAAGUUCAAGGUACUUUACAAAAAUUCAAAAGACAAAGAGCCAGCAAAAGUGACUGAAAAGAAUGUAUUCACAAAUACAUACAGCAAAAAAAAAAAAAAAAAACGGUUUCGGCUGGAACAACACAGCCUUCCUCAGUGUAUAGAUUCAAAUCACAAAAAACAUGCUGUUUAAAAAUUAUAAGGUCAUUACCCAUUGGUUGAGUACUCAUAAAUAUUCAUUAAGUCCAGGGGGAAAUAGACCCCCAAGCUUAAUAAUCCACUUUUUUUCUUUACUGUUUAGUAUAUUAUGCCAUCCAGUUUUUUUCAUACGAUUUCCAUAUAUUACAUCAAUAACAAUAAACUUGAAUUCAGCAGUUUACUGAUACUUUACAAAAAUUGCCAGAUUCUGUGAAAAAGAUUUUUUUUGGCAAUGUUUGCCCUGCUGACUAUCAGACCCUCUCUGUCAACUCAUUCUUUGCCUUCACCAGGUGAAAGCUGACAGAAGGGUCAUCGUCCAGCAGCCAUUAGGGAUGGUUUGCGUUUUUUCUGUUUGUUUUUGGCUCUAACUGUCCUUGAAUUCGAUGAGGCGUAUGGGACAGGGCAUGUAGUAAGCUGAUCUUGGAAGAUAUCACCUAACUUUCACAAGGGGUCCCCACCCCGCAGCAUGAACAGUGGAUUCUCUGGUCUCCACCAGGGGAUUAUACCACCCUGUGUGCCUCGAGUCCACGCAAACUCAGUCUCCUCCCAGAACAAUGUGAGCAGGCCAUGCCUCUUCACUCCUCAUCCCCCCACCCCACGGACUCGGCUUCUCCAGUUCUGGACCCAUUAAUCGAAACAUGGUCACCUGUCAGAGCGCUGUCCCUCUAUGCCACAGAACCAGACUGAGAAAGAUGAAUUCCAGCAUCUGGAAAAAAAAAACUGCUGGUAAAACAGGAAUGCAUAUAUUCAGUACUGCUGCGGUUGUCUUGAUGCUGUCUAGUGCUGCAGUGAUUGGUAUAGUUAUUAGGAGACAUACUUUGAUUUGAUGUCAGAAAUUAAAAGAUGUUAUCAGAACUCAGACUGUACCUGCUAAAGGAAAUGCAUGGUUCAUCUGCUAAUUUACUGAAAACAUCAAAGAAGGGUAACCGUAUUGAAUCCUGCCACGAGACAUACCAACCUGCACUCAUUCAUUCAUUUCAAGAGGCACUGCUCUGCUUCUCAAAGACUCUAGUAUAGAAAGUCAUGUAAGACAUCUAGCACCCUUGUUAUCAUAAACACAGUAGAGGCAUCCAUAUGUUUGUCUUCUUCACAUUUUUCAGACAGAGAUGCUUUCUAAGUCAAAAGUGUUAAGGAGUUAGUGACCUGGAUUCUUUAUUCUACCUUUAUUAAUCACUCAGAGUAAAUUGUGGGUACUUAAUUUCUUACAGAUUGUCCUUCCUAGAGUUCACUAAACUUCAGCAGGCACUUUGCCCAUGAAUGAUCAUACAGUGAAUGCCAUAUAUAUAUAUAUAUAUAGAAGUCCAGAGACAACUCUGUGUACAAAAGAUGACUCCCUAUUGUAACUGUUAAACAUUGUUUUCUCAUAUGUAAGAAACUGUCAGAAUCAGAUAUGCUUGAAACUUUCUCUUGUGAUUGUGUUAUGGGCAGGCACCAAGGAAGAGGAGACUUUAGUCCUCAUCUGCUACCCUAGUUUAUUGAAGAUUUGAUUAAAUUCUGUAUGCCAUUAGAAAGAUCAUUUCAAGUGGCAUGUUCUGUGGAAGCCAUGGCUACACAUCUUUACCCCUGAAAGUUUUCAUAUGUCUGCUAGAAUAAUGAUUUGGUAUCUCAAUAAAUUUUGUGUUAAAAAGUACUUUGCUGGUGCUUGACAUACCUUGUCUUGUUUGCCAAGUUGAAGUAAGGGGUGUUAUAUAGCAUCUAAAUCACUGCUAAUUCAUGUAGUUUAACACCUGCAUGCCAGAAAAUGUGUUGCCCAUCACUGUUGGCAGUAAUUGAUUUCCACACUGACAUUUAAGGACAUACUUAUCUGCUUUUGAUCUACCUGUAAAGAAUGGGGUAUUAACAAGGUUUGUUACCGCAGUAUAAUUUAUAGCACCAGUAUUGAAUAACUUGAACUGUGCUUAAGAUUGUCAUUCUUUUUCUUUAUGAAUAGAAAACAUUGUAGGAAGGUUACCUUAACAUAGAGAACUAUUUUGGGAGUAGCCUGCAAAAUGAUAAAUCAGAAGAAAAAAGGUCUUACACUGUUUGUUUAGACUUAUUUGUUAUCAAAUUGCUGGUCUCAUGUUUUCUACUCUGAGGUUACCUGGAGAAAAAGGUUGCUUUUCUUGAUCAACGUUAUGGCUUGUAAACUAUAUUUAUUGUACAGUGUACCUGAAGGAUCUUUUGUAAUGUCCUACAAAAGGAACAAAGUGUCUUUAAAUAUGUCUAACUGUGGUACCAAAGAAAGUAUACAGUUUCCGUAUUGUUAAACAUAGGUGCAUGUCAGUCUGGCAGAUGGACCAGCAUAGGUCUGCUAAGGUUUGCAUCUUUCUGUUGAAAUAAAUGAAUGCCUAUUGAUCAGAAA